UCUAUCCAAAUUCCCCUAUUCCUUUCCCCCUUUUGUUUCUCAUCAUCUCAAAUCCCCAAUCCCUAAUCCCUUAAACAAAAAAUCCCCAAUUUCAAAAAUCCCCAAAAUAUGAUACCAUCUCUCUCUCACUCUCACGACUGCAAGCAAUGGCAGUGGCAACAGCAGCAAGGGGGGACGACAGCGAGCAGGAAGCAAUAACGGUGAGCAGCGAGUGAUGACGGCUAGUAACGGCAGCAGCGGUGCGGCGUCUCAGAUACCUUUGCCGAUACCUUUGUCGUUGGGUCGUUCGCUGUGGUCAAACUAAUAUUUUGUUUUGAUUUGUGAAUUUCCUUCAAAAAAUAAUCAAAACAAAAAUUAGGGUUUUGAUUUGUGAAUUUCCUUUGAAAAAUUAGGAUUUUGAUUGAGAAGCUCAAAAAUUAAAAUUUUGUUACCCUUAAACCAGGUUUGGAGAUUCAAACUAGGGUUUUGAUUUGGGGUUUUCUUAUUCACUCACUAUUAAAUGAGUCUUCUUCUCUAAACUAACACAAAAUGGGUCUUCUUCUCUUCUUUUCGAUCCUCCUAUGUCCCCUUCAAGUACGUCUCUCCGAUUUAACCCGUCGGCCAUGGUGCUUACAGCAUCGUUUGGUUGUCCCUACAGCUUCUAUUUUUGGUUCAUCAUGGACCAAUUGGCAACAAAUAUUUGCACACACAAAAACGAUGAUCGAUGGCUUAUGGAGUAUGAGAUCGAUGGAGAAAACUUUUGGAAUCUGCAGCAGCAAUCUUUCUAUUGUCUUACGAGCUACCUCAAGACUAUCUGCACACAUGGCCUCAGAACAGAGUCUUGUGCUAUUCAACUAGGGCAGUUUCUGCUCAAAAGUGUUGUGGUUUUGGAAAAAAAUAAUGAUUGUGAUUUAGCGAGUUGUAGAUGUUGAUGAGCAAAACCGUGUCAUGUCAGAGAGAUUGCAGGAAUUUUCCCAAGAGUUAUUGAAUUUUCCAAGAGCAUCUCACCAAGUUGUGAUAUUGUUUUCCUGAAAAAUGUUGUAGCUAACCAAAAUGCUUAUGAUAUGGUCGAUAUAUGUUUGUUUCCUAAAUUGGCCUCAAUAUGAGUUUUACCCUUUUGAA